CACUCCCUCCUGCUCCGCCUCCGAGAUGGGCCAGCUCCUAAUCCGGUAAUCCCCUGCACCACCACCACCACCGCCAUUUCCACCACCUCCACCGGGCGGCGCUCGCGAUGGGGUACCUCCUCCUCUCGCCCUCCCCCUCGCCGCCGCUCGCCUGCCGCCAUCGCUCCCCCGCCGCCGCCGGCCGCCACCGCGCGCGGCGAGGCGCGCCCAUCGUCGCCUCGUCGUCCGAUGGCGGGCCGUCUACCCCGUCUCACGUGCUCGCGCGCCGGGCCGUGCUCCUCGGCGUCUCCGCGCUCCCGCUCCUCCGCGACACCGCCGCCAAGGCCGCCGCGCCCAGCAGCGGCGGACUCGUGACCGAGACAAAGGAUGUCUCAAAGGUUGAUGAACCGCAGCCUGCAGUAACUCAGGCAGAAGCUCCCCUACUUGAAGCCCCUCAACCUGAAUCACCCCUACCAGUGGUGCAAGAACAAUCUCCAGCAAAUCCACUUGCUGGUCUUCUGAAUGCAAUUGCAGUUGUUGCCUCAGGUGUUCUUGCUGCAUUGUAUGGUACUUCUCGAAAGGAAAAGGAGACCUUGGAAUCAGCCAUCUCAUCUUUGGAGAGCAAGUUGGCUGAAAAAGAGGCAGCGAUCUCUUUCACGAGGGACAACUAUGAGAAAAGGUUACUAGAGCAACAGGUAGCACAAAAGAAGCAAUCGAUAAAGUUCCAGGAGCAGGAAGCUUCUCUCUUAGAUCAAUUGGCUUCAACAAAAAAGACUGUAACAUCGUUAAGCGAAGAAUUCAGAAGGGAGAAGACAAGAGCUGAGGAACUUAAGGAUGAAAUACAGCGACUAGAGAGUAGUAUUGCACAAGCUGGGAAUGACAAAGAUGUGCUUGAAGCCAAACUGGCAGAGAAAGUGGAUGAAACUAAUGUGUUGCAGGAAAAAAUAAUUCUUCUCAGCCAAGAAACUGACAGUAAGGAAAAACGCAUCAAGGAACUCAGCUCAUUACUUUCUUCGAAGGAAGCAGACUACCAGAAUCUUUGCUCUUUCUCUGAUCAAACUAAAGAGAGCCUGGAUAUUGCAAAUGCUAAAAUACAGCGCCUGGAGGAAGAGAUUCAUACAACAAAAAACGAUGUUGCUUCUAAGACAUCUUCAAUUGAUUCACUAAGUGAGAAGCUUCAAAUAUUGAACUCUGCAAAGAAUGAAGCUGAGGAAAAAAUAGAAGAGUUAAGAAAAGAGUAUGCAGACUUGAAGGCUUCUUCUGAGACGAGAGCAAAUCAAGAUUUCGGACUACUCUCUGAGAAAGAUGAUCUAAUCAAGCAGAUGGAAGGAAAGCUCUCUGUUGCAUUAAGUGACUCCAGUAAAGACCAUGAAAUCAUUCUCGAGUUGAACAAGGAAUUGGAUGCCACCAGAGCAAUGCUAGAAAAUGAAGUUUUGGCAGUUCAAAGUUUAAGAGAUUCCCUUCAAUCCACUGAAGAGACCCUAAGUGAUUCCAGAACUGAGGUUUCCAAACUUUCAGAUGAACUUGCUGAAGCAAAUAGAAUGAAUCAGGACCUGGUAUUGCAGAUUUCAAACCUCCAAACCGAGUUCAGUGAAAUGCAUGACGGUCUGAAUUCCAAGCUUGGAGAGGUAGAAUCAAUAUCUAAAGCUCUGUCAGAUGAGCUGGUCUCAGUUAAAGAGAUGGUUCAGAAGGGGCAGGAAGAACUUGAAGCUACAUCUGAAGAGCUUGCAUCUGUUGUGGAAGCUCGUGACAAUCUGAAGAAAGAACUGCUGGAUGUGUAUAAGAAGUUCGAGUCCACCACGCAGGAGCUUGUCGAUGAAAGGAGAAUCGUGACUACUUUGAAUAGGGAGCUUGAAGCUUUGGCCAAACAGCUGCAGGUAGAUUCCCAAGCACGAAGAGCUCUCGAAGCAGACCUGGACGAGGCAACCAGAUCACUUGACGAGAUGAACACGAGCGCACUGUCACUGUCCAAGGCGCUAGAGACCACUCAUUCUAAGAACGCCACUCUCGAGGCAGAGAAGGAGAUGCUAUCAAAAGCUCUGGAUGAACAACAGAAAAUCACUACCGUAGCUCAGGAAAAUAGCGAGGAUGCUCAGAAUCUUAUCACAAGGCUUCAGACAGAGAAGGAGACCUUUGAAAUGAGGUCUAGACACCUUGAAGAGGAACUGGCGUUAGCGAAGGGUGAGAUGCUGCGCCUACGGAGGCAGAUUAGCGCAAGCAAAUCCCAGAAAACAAGAAUCCUUCCCAGAACAAGUGCACCCACAGAGACCAGCAGUGUUCCUGGGACAAGUUCACCCACGGAGACCAGCACAAGUGUACCCACAGAGAGUAGCCAGCCCCUGAAUGAGCAGCCUGUGAGUGAUCGUGAUCAGAAGACCGUCAGAGUUACUGCUGGGACUCCAUAUACUGUAAAAAGAACUACUAGGAGAAGAAAAGGUGGCGCGUAGACAUGAUUCUGCUUGAGAGUCCAAUAGAGAAGAACCAUCUUCCUUUCCUUUUGUUUAGUGAUCAGUUAUAAAUUCAUUUUUGAAACUACUGUCCUGUGCAAGGUAGCAUCAGUAACCGUUUUAGUAUUAUUUCGUUUGCUUCUUUGUAACUGUUCGAGACAUCCAGUUCCUUUCUCGUAAAUUCCUGUGUCACGUCAUUUGAAAAAUUUACAUGUGUGUACAGAUUAAUUUUGAACGGCCAACACGAUGCAGAAUUUCAGUAUC